GAAGACCAGUCGGCCACGCCACCCCAUCUUCCUUCACGCCUCCUCAUAACCUGCCAAAGCCAAAGUUAAGGCACGCAUGCCGCCACUAGCGGCGCCACCGGCCGCUCCAACUCAUGGCGUGCCCGAUGACCCUUCCCUCGUGUGAUUUGAGAUGGGGCCACCAUCUUAUCCUGUUGCAUGGUGCAGAUUUGACGGGGCGGACAUGCAACCAGCUCCCAUCCGAGCAGCAACACCAUCUACUCCGACUUCCCUUGCACGACUUAGGAAUCGAGAUGUGGCCGCCGGCUUCUCCCAUCGCAUGGUUCAGAUAUGAUGGGGCCGCAUCACACUCCACCGCAAAGCCUAUGAUUGGAGGCAUUCGCGAGUUCGUCGUAAGGAAAGAGGUCGAGUCUGCAAGGAGUUUGCGCUAUUCAUUGGUUGCCUCUACUCUUACUAUUUGGACAACCAUGCUACCCAAGCAUACACCAAUAUUGGUGUCAAGCCCAUCAAGUUAUACCGCAAUUACAAGUAGUCGCCCCUCUUCAGUGUUGUGGUAUCUCCCUAAUGUCCAUUCAAGUACUUGAUGAAUAGAUAUUGCGCCAUGUUUGACGGUUAGAUCACCUAUACACACGACUAAGCUUUCUUCAUUUUAGUAAAUUUUAUUUCUCUAUAAGCUUUAUCUACUUGUGGAUGAUUGGCAAUGUAUCGUGUAUAUAGAUAUAUGAUUCUCAAUUAUAAUUUUAGCUAUGGAAUAGUAUUUACCCCAAGUGAGCGCAAAGAUCAAUCUAUACACUCCAUCAAAAUUUAACUUUCUCCAUGCCCUUUCUGUUUUCAGAUUUUGAGAAGGGAAAAAUAGUAUCUUGGAAGGGGUUGUUAAUAAGAGAUUAUUGCCAAGGAAAUAGAUAAAGGAAAUUUCCAUCCAAUAUUAUCAUAUAUUGGUUGUCCUAUCUACUAAUUUGACUAAUUAGCUACUCCAUUUAUUUUAAGUUAUGUUGAAGUAAAAAUAUUAUAGUAAGACAGCCUUUUGGUUGCCGAAAUUAUUAUUUUUAUAACAAAGCAAGUUGGGUUUGCUACUGUUGUGUGAACCAUUGAACUAGCCUUAUUGCUAUGGAAGACGGGUUAGUGGAAAAAGGACAACCUUGGUUGCGCAUUAUUAAUUUAAAGCCAAGCAGAACUUGCACCUUCAUUCUAACUUUAUUACCACAUAUUAAUGUAAUUUGAUCUCACAUAUCCUUUGCAUUGCAGAUAUCUAUUGAUUUUUGAUCUUGUGGGUCUCUUUGCCUUCACUCGACAUAACAUAAGGUUCUAACUGACCCAGUAUACAUGCAAAUGUUGUUAGAUAUUUUUGAUUCAUUGGCAAAGUCAUAAAUGGACAAGGAUAUUGCAAAAUUUGCUUUGUUUGAAUGUAUUAUUAUACUCAUAUCUUUGCCUCAUUACAUUUUACACUGAAUAAAAGACAAAUUGAUACAUGUUCAAUGCAAUGCUUAUAAGAAAGGGACAUCAUACAAAAGUAGGUUGUGACAAUGUUCAUUUCUAAUGGUGUACUUAAAUUAGAAUGAAGUUACUAUUCACAUAUUGAAGAUUUGUAUGUCAUGGUUGUGAAUGUUUAAUUUCAUUCCUUUUCAGGUGAUAAUAACCAAUUUCAUCUUAUAUA